AUGAAAAAUGAAAUUUCAUUUCAAACAAAGAUGAAAUUUGACAUAAAUUUAGCUGUUCCGCAUAUUGAAAAUGGAUUAAAAAACGCAGCAGAUAGUAUUGCACAAGGAGUAACAACAGGGGCUACACAAGUCGGCAAUGGCGCUACUAGUGUUGGUACUGGGGUUACAAGUCUCGGUGACGGUGCCAGAAUAAUUGACCAGCAAAAGAAAUUCAUUACCUUUCUGAACCAUCGUCAAACAGUAAUCAACCAAAUCAUCAAUUCUAAGAAGAAUAGUAGAACGAAACUGGUUAAGAAACAGGAAGUUAUUAACUCUGGUUUAUGAGUUCAGUUCGUAGUGGAUCUCUCACAGAGUUGUACAAAACAACUGAAUGUAUUCAGAGAAAACUAG